UUUGUUUUCAGAAUUAUCUACAAAUUAAAUAAAUAAAGAUGAACAACUACAAAAUGAGAAUUGAAGAUCAAAAAGUACAAAUAACUGAAAUUCUUCAAAUCUUUAUGUCUGCCCGCGAAAAUGAUUCUGGAAAAUGGAAAGAUUGCGGAUUAGAUAUGAUACGCAACAAGAUAAAUGAGAAAUAUAUGGCCCAAUCAGGGCUUGGAUCUCAAGUUAAAUUGUCCGGUUUAUUGAGUAAGGACGGCAAGCUGUCGAGUCGGAAAAUGAAAUCGUCAAAGCUCUUGAAAAGAUGCCGAAUGCAUGACUUAAACGAGGCACUUGACGAUCUGCGAGCUGUAAUUCCAUAUGCUCACGGGGGUUCCGUGAGGAAGUUGAGCAAGAUUGCUACGUUGCUUUUGGCUAAAAAUCAUAUCAUCAUGAAGGCAAAAGCGAUUGAGGAGCUCAGUGUAUUGGUCUCCCAGUUGAAGCAGAAAUCGGAAAAUUCUAAGAACUUGAACAAAUCCGUGAAGCCAUCAAGCGACCAUGUAGACUAAAGUUUUAAAAUUUUUCAAUCAAUAAAUUUUAUUCCGCAUGAUUUCGUUUGUUUUUCACUUCGGUUGAAAAUUUAAAUUAUUCAACUGUUUCCAUACUUUGAUAAAAAGUAACUUUAA